CAAAAAUGCUGAAGUGCUGUGUGGAAGUGACUGGGGCUGCAGGAGUUGGAGUCGGACCUCGGGCCUGAGCCUCGAGGCCACGCUCCCGGGUGUCGUUGAUGUUUGGGGCCGACGGGCGCCCAGCGAUCGGAGCCGCUGCUGCCGCCCGGAAGAGCUGAUUGCCAGAGGAGCUGGGUCUGGAGCUGCGUUAAUCCCCUGUCUCAGGCUUUACUCUGCCAGCCUGCAGGGUACUUUCCCUGAGCUCAGUUCAUCCUCGCCAGCCACGCUGCCCGACAUCUUGUUUGAUUUAGGCUUUCUCGAUCUCUUUCUGUUGAGACAGUAUACCAGGCAUUUCAGUCGAACAAUGGAAGAGCUUGUUCACGAUCUUGUCUCUGCACUGGAAGAGAGCUCUGAGCAAGCCCGAGGAGGAUUUGCUGAAACGGCAGACCAUUCUCGAAAUCUGUCUUGCCCCCUAAAACGCCAGGCCCGGAAAAGAAGAGGGAGGAAGAGGAGGUCCUAUAAUGUUCACCACCCGUGGGAGACUGGCCACUGCUUAAGUGAAGGCUCCGAUUCUAGUGUGGAAGAACCAAGUAAGGACUAUAGAGAGAAGCAUGGCAGUAAUAAAAAGGACCGCAGUGACUCUGAUGACCAAAUGUUAGUGGCGAAGCGGAGGCCAUCUUCAAACUUAAACAACAGUGUUCGAGGUAAGAGACUUCUGUGGCACGAGUCGGAUUUUGCAGUGGACAACCUUGGGAACAGAACGCUCCGCCGGAGGAGAAAGGUGAAGCGCAUGGCCGUGGAUCUCCCGCAGGACAUCUCCAACAAAAGGACAAUGACCCAGCUGCCUGAAGGCUGUAGAGAUCAGGACAUGGACAGUGAUAGAGCAAGCCAGUAUCCAGAGUUUAUCCGGAAUAAAGUUAAGAAAAGGAAGUUGAAAGUGAUUAGACCGGGUCCAAAAACCCAGGAGGAAGGAGUAGUUUUGGAAAGUGAAGAAAUAAGCCAGACCAACAAGGACAAAAUGGAGUAUGAGGAACAGAAGGCCUCGGAUGAGCUCAGGAGUGAAAGUGACUCCAGCAGUCUCAGCAGCACUGACGCCGGCUUGUUCACCAAUGAUGAGGGAAGACAAGGUGAUGAUGAACAGAGUGACUGGUUCUAUGAGAAGGAGUCGGGAGGAGCAUGCGGGAUUGCUGGAGUUGUGCCCUGGUGGGAAAAGGAAGACCCGGCAGAGCUGGACACCAACCUACCUGACCCUGUGUUUGAGAGUAUCUUAAGUGGCUCCUUCCCUCUCAUGUCACAUCCUGGCAGAAGAGGUUUCCAAGCUAGACUCAGUUGCCUUCAUGGAAUGCCUUCAAAGAAUAUUAAAAAAUCUGGAGGGGCUCCACCUUCAAUGAUGUCUGCUCCUGGCCCUGUCAGUAACAAGAGGAUGGUUCACUUCUCUCCAGAUGCCCAUCACCAUGACCACUGGUUUAGCCCUGGGGCUAGGACAGAGCACGGCCAGCAUCAGCUUCUCAGAGAUAACCGAGGGGAAAGAGGACACAAGAAAAGCUGCUCCGUAAAAACAGCCAGCAGGCAAACGAGCAUGCAUUUAGGAUCCUUGUGCACAGGAGACAUCAAAAGGAGAAGAAAGGCUGCCCCAUUGCCUGGACCCACUGCAGCAGGAAUUGUGGGUGAAAAUGCCCAGCCAAUCCUAGAGAGCAACAUCGGGAACCGCAUGCUUCAGAGUAUGGGAUGGACACCCGGGUCAGGCCUUGGGCGUGAUGGCAGAGGGAUCUCGGAGCCAGUUCAAGCCGUUCAGAGGCCAAAAGGGUUAGGACUUGGAUUUCUUCUACCAAAAAGCACUCCUACCAGCCCUGCCCCUGCCUCAGGAAAACCUGCCUGAGCAGAAGGACAGAGAAGAGAGCCUGCAACUCGUGCCCCAUUGUUAUAACUUGAUCAUAGAGCUUACUGGGUUGAAGCUGACCUCGGUGUUGCCUCCAGCAAGCUUCCAGGCUGCUUAGCACCCUGCUACAGUGAUAGAGAUGGGAUUCCAUCACAAUUCACGGUGCUGAAGUACGAACCUCACCCUUUUACAUUUCCUCAGUUGCCAGCAGUUUCUAGACAUGAAAAACAGUCUCUUAUUUAUUUUGAUCCUACACAUCAGUUCUUUCCGCUGCCUUGUUCAAUCCGUGUGUGUGUGUGUGUGUGUGUGUGUGUGUGUGUGUGUGUGUGUGUGUGUGAUGUCGGGACAGUGGAGCAUACCCACUGGGUCUGAGAGGAUCACAUUCUCAUGAUGCCUACACUAAGUAGUUCUGUCCUCCCCUCUCCUCCCAGAUUCCCUCCCUCACAUGCAGGGAGUCAUAGGCGCAUCUGUGAAGGCUUGGUAAGCUCACAUUCCUUUGCUUUGGCUCUGAUGAGGGUUUGUAAUAAUGAUGCCCAUUACUUUUUUCAACAGUGUAUCAUAAAUUCACAGUGACAGAUAGCAAUCAGUGUUUCCUCUGACAUUUCACAAGAGCUAAUGUCACUAUUGUCACUGUUAUCAUCAUCAUCACCAUCACCCAACUGCUGUCAGUGUCACUCUGUGUAGAGCUUAGACACUUUACCUCAUCGCUGCUCGCCGUCGUCACCAGAGCGCUGUCAGCGUCACUCCAGUGUAGAGCUAUACACUUUACCUCAGUUAGGACACAAAGUCAUUCCUAAAGGAAAAUGUAUUUGUAAAUUCAUCCUGACUGAACUGUAAACCCUGCCCUCCAGAUGUCUACCUCUUCCCAAAGGCUGGGGUUUAAGGAUCAGCUCCAAGAUGAAGAAGAGUGGCUGGCUCAAGGUUUAGUCACUGAAGUAAAUUGUUAAACUCUUGAGUCAGUUUAUUUGAAGAUUUAAAUAGCUUUUCCCAAAACUGAGAUGUCUGGUAAUGGCCUAAUCCACUUACCAAGAACAGGAGAAACUGAGGACCCGUCACUCUCAGACUAAAACACUUAAAAAUUAAGCGAAACACUAUGUUCUUUCCAUUCUGUUUCUAAGUCAUUCUCUUCAUAAUGUCAGAAAUUUUCAGUUGUCCUUUUCAGAAAAUACUGAUUUGUUAUAAUCUUCAUUAAAAACCCUGAUAAUUAUUGUCACUUACAAUGGUCUCCUUUGUCCUUGGACCAAGCAGUAUGAACUUAAGUUUUGUAAACUGAAAAAAAAAAAAAAUAUUUAAGGCAAGAGAAAAGCUUUAAGCAGUUUAACAGACCUUUUCUAUGUGGUCCUCAAUUUAAAAAUUUCAGCCUCUGUAGUCUGACAGAUGUCUGCAUUUCUGCUAGGAACUGUCUUCCCUAGGAAGUGUUCGUGGUAAGAAGUGGGCUGGCUAGGACACAGGUGGACAGCCAUUUGUGCCUUGCGGAACACUGUGUUGGGGAAAGCAUUGCUGCUGGAACAAGCUCCUCAUUAGCAAACUGCCAUUUUUCAUAGCUGUCUUUCUAAAUGCUUACUGUAUUCAUGUAGGCGGGAAGAUGGAAGAGACUGGACUCAAGGGUCUAUUCCAAACUUGUGUGCUCCUCUUUGAAUUUUAUUUUUUGAUGGUCUUGUAAAGCCCUAGGAAAGGACUUUUAAAGGCUCAGUUUCGAGCCCGUGAGAAGCAGUGAGGCCACUGCACUCUUGGCUGCAGGCUCCAGAGGAGGUGGUUCCUGUGUCCUACCAUUUCCUAGAGGAUGCACAGGAGUAGCCCAUGUGCCACACAGUGGGGCUCCGUAACUGCUGUCUCUGAGCGCUUUCCAUCACUGCCCUCCAAGACAGUGUGAACCGUCUGCUGAGGCUUCUGCAGCAAGGUUCUCACAAGCUGCUGUGACACCAGAGUUCUACUUUCACACAUGAAAACUCUUGACUCACAGGGGACUGGGGACAGUUCUUACUCUACUAGUGUUUAUCUGUUCAGAGUGGAUGACCAGCACUUACAGGAGAACCAGCAGCCCCCAGCCCACUGCCAGCUGCCAACAGGCAUCCUUCAACAUUCAGUCCAGUCCUUAUAAAGAGCAGCAAGAUACGAUGCUCUGGUACGCCUGACCAGAGCUGAGAAGUAAACACGGUUAAAAUCCGAAAAUUUCAUGUGAAUCAAAUGUCUGCUUGGGACAUGAAUCCCACUGGUUUACAAUUAGUAGAGAUUAACAAAUUGUUGCCAGUUCAAAUCAGUUCCUGGAGUCCACAUCAAUGGAGUUCAUGAUUUUAAAUGUAUCAUUCAUAUCACUUUUAAAUAGUCUUAAGAGAUUUCCCCUGCAUCCUCAUGAAUCCACCCUGCUUUUCUGCAAGCUAGUCAGUUAGAGUCUCCUCCCUUCCCAUUCAUUUCCUAUGGUAGCCAAAGAAUCUAAGCAUAUCUGUGUUUGCAGUGUGACUCCACGGUUGUGUGUCUCUGAUGUUGAUCAGAUGUGGGCUGCAGUUAUUCCCUCCCUUCUUCCUUGCCUAAAUAAAAUGUAUAAGACUGAAUUCCCCUUAUAUUCAUUUCUAUUUUUUUUAAUAAAUGAUUUAGUGAGUUUAAAAGUGGCCAGCUAUGCUAACACCCACCUAUAUCCCCAGAAGUUGGGAGAUUGAGGCAGGAUUGCUAUGAGUCCAAAGCCAACCUAGACUAUGUAGUGAGUUCCAGGACAGACAGAGCUGUAUAGUGAUACCCUGUCUCAAAAAUAAAUAUCAAUGGAAACCCAUUGCUAAGUAUAACUUACCCAUAAAUUGGGCACCAUGUUUAAACACAGUGGUUUGGGAUUAAGUGGUUUGUGAUUAAGCAGACGAAAAGUUGAGACGGCAGGGUUAAAUGUGCAUCUUUGAAUAUGUGUACACAUGGUUGCAUUUGCAGCCAGAGUUUGUUUGCAGUAUACAGACAUGAUUGAGAAGUUCUGCCCUUCAUUCGUGUUCAGCAUUUCAAAUUGGUAUUCAGUGCAUUUCAUUUUGAGCAGAUGUUUCAUAAGCGAGUAAUCGUUGAAAUACUUUUAAAACCAUUUUAACUUGUAUUUUGUCUUUCAGAAAGAGAAAUGAUCUACAUUAGUACUGUAAAAUGAAGUUAUUAGCAAGGAAUACUUUGAUUUUUUUUCUUUUUGUAGAAAACUUAUUGGUUCAACAAAGAAGUGAAAGAAUAAAGCAUAGUGAGA